CACAUAAUCUAAUGAUGCCUGUAGGUUUAUUACAUAGAGGAUUACAACAAGAUCCAAGACGCCCAAAUAAUAAAGAAGGCGGUGACUUCACGCUGGAAUUCGGAGAAUUACAAUUAUGUGUUAACAAUGAUGCAGAAAUAUCGUACGAUUUUGAUCUCUUCGGACGUUUCGAUAAUCUCUGCGAGCAUCACGGAUGUGAGAAGAUAUCUACAUUGAGCGACUGCUACUUUUGCGUAAGCGGAUGUCCCGAGCCGAGGUACGAUCACACAAAGUGCUGCAUAGAAAUGGGUCUAGCGUGGAGUCACCGCUUUCUUUAUUAUUUGAGCGUCUUGGAUCUUGUUGUAAUCUUCUAUGUAAUAAACCUACAGGCAUCAUUAGAUUAUGUGAUUAUAUGUGACAAUAUUACAAAAUAUCUAUUAUUGUAAUAGGUUUAUAUUUUAUCUUAAAAUACACGAAUAAAAAGAGAUUUACUAACCCC